UUUCCCCCCAUCCCCCCUGUACGGGACAGACGGCUCUCGUCACUGCAGGAGGAUGCUGAAGCUGUUCGGCGCGCUGGUUAUCCUCGGGCUGGCCCUGGCGUGCAUCACCUCCUGGGUGCUGGAGAGCUAUGACACGGCUUGGCACCCCAAACGGAGCGUGCAACACCCGACUGUGGGUGAUGGAGACGGAGAUAAAGGGAGGUCUGCACCACCACCACCACCACCAGCACCACCACCAUUCCCCGGAGACGAGCUGAGCAACAUCUUCUGGUUUAUACAGGUUUCUGACAUUCACAUAAGCCGAUUUCAUGACCCCAGACGCAUACCAGAUUUUGAAAAGUUCUGCACUGACACAAUUGAAGUGAUCAAGCCGGAUCUAGUGCUCGCAACAGGGGAUCUGACAGAUGCCAAAACAGAGAGUAAGGUGGGGUCCCUCCAGCAUGAGGUGGAGUGGCAGGCCUACCACAACAUCCUGAAGAGGUCGCGGGUGAUGGAGCGCACCAGGUGGAUAGACAUCCGAGGAAAUCAUGAUGCCUUCAAUAUUAUGUCUCUGGACAGCGUCAACAAUUAUUACCGGAAAUACUCGGCGAAUCAGAAAGUAGGCUCCUUCCACUAUGUUCACCAAACUCCCUUCGGCAACUAUUCCUUUGUCUGUGCGGAUGCCACUCUGACUCCAGGACCCAAGAGGCCGUACAAUUUCUUUGGUAUUCUCAACCAGACUCAAAUGGACCUGCUGGACACGUUCAGAGUUGAGAGUCUGAAGAGCAACCAGUCGAUCUGGUUUGGCCACUACACCACUUCUACUGUCGUCUCCCCGUCUCCGGGAGUUCGGGACGUGAUGAGAUCUGCGGUUGCAUAUCUGUGUGGCCACCUGCACACUCUGGGCGGCCUGAUGCCCGUCCUCCACAGCCGACAUCCUCAAGGCACACUGGAGCUGGAGCUGGGCGACUGGAUGGACAACCGCAGGUACAGGGUUCUGGCCUUAGACCACGACCUGCUGAGUUUCUCUGACCUGAAGUUUGAGCAGUGGCCUGCGGUGCUCAUCACCAACCCCAAGGACGCACAGUACCUUCAUCCAGGAGUGGAGCCGCUGGGUCGGAUACGGAGAUCUACACACAUCAGGAUCUUGGCGUUCUCAGAGGCCCCGAUCACAGUGGUGCAUGUGAGCGUGGACGGGGAACCUCUGGGGAACUGCCACUCUGCUGGAGGUCCUCUCUACGUUCUACUGUGGGAUCCGUCUCUCUACCUCACUGGACUGCACACCAUCAGAGUUAAAGUGGAGGACUCGGCAGGCCGGUCGUCAGUGCGUGAGCAGCACUUCACUCUGGAGGACGACCUGACUCCCAGCUUUGGUUUCGUGCAGUCCUUCGUCCUCCUCACAGACCACUACGUCCUGGCCCGACUGGCCUUCAUUUUGAUGAUUCUGCUGAACGUUGGCGUGCUGCUGGCCUUCAGGUUCAUGCAGGUUCCUUCUGGCAGAGGAUUGACCUCUCAAGCAUGUAUGUCGCUCCAUCUGGUCAGCACAAUGGACUCCUUCUACUACUCUCUGCUGUUGUUUAACCUGUGCACAGCCUUUGGUCCGUGGUUUAUGGGAGAGCUGAUCGACGGCCAUAGUGGUGCCUGCUUCGCCUUUGGGGUGUUCGUCGAUGGACACUUCCUGGAGGGCAGCCUCACUUAUGUUGUUGGAGUCGUUCAAAUGCUGUUCUUCAACAUGCCCCUCACCUGUUAUCUCUGCUGGAGCCUCCACCACCGUUGCCGCGGCAACACCUUCCGAUCCCACUUCCUGCGGCCGGGCUGCCGCUGGCGGACUCUGGCGGUUCACCUCCUCAUGCUGCUGUUGCUCACCUGGCAGGCCCACUCCUGCUACUUUCUCCUGGAGACCUACGGCCUAAUAGCCUUUUUCCUGUCUCCAGUCCGCACGUGGGCGCUAGGGCUCAGUCUGCUAUUGGUCUACCGCGCCUGGACAGGCCCCGCCCCUAAGGUCCGUGACAACAGCAAGAGCGUCUCUCCCUCUUGACAGUAGAUCCACUGUGCCACCACGACUCCUCUCGAGCCUGACUCACAGAUAUAUUUUGCUGUCGCUAUCCACGUUGAAAGCCUCAAUUCCCCCAGACAGCACCCCUCCUUUCUUUCUCUUCUCCUUCAAAAAGCCACUUCACAUCACUCACUAUCCUGUUUAUAGAUUGUAUUGUUUACUUAAUAUGCAUGUUAUUGUAAAACACCGGUGAGCACAUUUCUGGCCAUAUUCAUAGCAAUGUGUACAGUGUAAAAAGAAACGACACCUUGGGUACAUUGGGGGUGAAAUAGCCUAUUUGAGCUCUGUGAAAUAGUCCAAUGUAUGCCACAGUUAACGGUAUAUCCUGGUGUGGUUUAAGCUAACUCGUUUACAUGAGCUAUAGCAAUUUUUGGAAGUGUUGCCUCAGCCGAAUGCCACCUCACCACUGCCAAAGGAUGAAUAAGAAAGAUACCAUCUUUUAUUCUUCCCUCUGAACAUCAUUUUCAGUCACUAAUGAAGGCUUGACGUGCCAAACCGAACCUCGUGUUAACCUUCCGACACACAAGCUGUGUAGAUGAGAAGACGUCAUUUUUGUACACUGUAAGCUUUCCUAACUCCCCAUGGCUGACAGAGCGUGGUAAUUACAGCAACUGUGGUGAAGAUGACACGGGUAAUGCAACCUAGAUGAUUAUAUUUUAAAUAAAAUUAUGCUACACGUGAUUAACGGAAAUCAAAUGAAGGAAAAAACAAAUCAAUCAAAUACUGUAGUCGACGUGUGUACAAGUAUUAAUGACUGAAAGUAUUUUAAAUUAAAUGAAUCCGUUGCACACAACUGCCACUUAAAAACACUAAAAAAGUAUAUAAAGCAUAAAUAUUUGCAUUGAAUAGUCAUGUUUUAAUGCCGGUUUUCACCGAAACACAACAAGCCAACGGGACUCUUCGUGCUCCUUUCAAACGUGACUACAGAAAGCAGCUGUUUGUUUCUCAGGAAUGCGAGCACUUCAACAAUAGGCUGGUCCCAGUAGUAUUUCAGGACAAUGUUUUUAUACUCCAUAGUAGCUCAGUGAACUAAAAAUCCAUGUUAUACAAUCAAGAUGUGUGAUGGCUUAAAAAAAACAAAAACAAAAUGAAUGUGUUAUGUGGUGAAAUGAAAUAAGAUUAUUUAUUCUUUAUGAUUGUAUUGAGUGGUUUCUUUUUACCCCCCUUUAUGUUAUGUAUCUGCAAUGGACAAGGGCAUCCCCUGUGUUGGAAGUUAAUUUGACAGCUCUGUAUAUGAUGUUUUUCUGUAUUUUUUCCAUUUACUUUUUUUUAUGAAGGUGUGAGAGAAGUAAUCUGUGUUUGUUGCACUCUAAUUUAAUCCUUUCUAGUCAGAGGUAGCAGGGGCCUGGAUUCUGGAGUAAUCAAUGUUCCAAUGGAGUUAGAUCCUGGCUGAUGUUUUUCAAACCAUACCCAGCACGAGUGCAGAAUAAUUACUCUGUGCUGCGAUAUGACACGCUGUUUAAUAUUAAAACAGCUGCUAGACAAUGAGAAAAUUAAAUUAUGUGCACUCUUGCUGGCAAUGGUUUAAUAACUUCCCCCCUCUCUGCAUAGCCAAAUCUUUUGUAAGGGAGCACUACAAGUAUAAUUCCAGCAUAAAGACGGAUAAUAAAAAUUGAUGGAUUUCUGUUAGUGCAGAGUUAUUCUCUUAAGGAUUCUCAGUACCUCUCACUAGCUAUGUAAUCUGUCCACAGGGAGGUGGUGUUGUGUUGCAUUUCACUUCCACUCUCCAAAUUAUGCAUGGAACUGUUUUUUUUAUUUUUGCAGGGAAAGCACCGAAAUCACAUCUGGAUGAGAUCAUUUUGAAAGUGUGGAAAUUCUAACUCAUUAUGUUAAACUGUGAAUCUGGUUGUGAUUGUUCUGUACUGUGCACUAAUUUGACUGACAGACAUCGACCCCACCACCACUACGUCUCUGAGAGGAGAAGUGAUGUACUAAUGUUCACUUAUUGACUUAUUCUGCAUCCCCUCCUGUGUUCAAACACUUAAGUAUAUGAAUGAUGAUUUUACACCUGCCACAUGUUUUUUCUGGUGAAAACUGAAAUUAGAGCCAAUCACAUUUCUUUAUUAUUUUAUUAAUGGUUUAUAGUGCUGUGGAAUAAAAUGUUCAUUACAGUAAAUCAUAUACUUUGUGUUUGUCACAUGAUGUAACAAAAGGGAGUGAACAAGAAUAUGUUACCCAGAAAUGACGGGAACAAAAAUAUAUCUGAUAUUAAUAAUGUAAUAAAACUAUAAGUGAAAUAACUAAAAUGGAGAGUAAUAAAAAGGAGGCUUAAUAUUUCAGCUGCACUAUUCUUUAUUCUUUUUUCUGUUUAAUCUUGGUGCACAUUUAAUGAGUAUGCUAUUGGUAUGUACCUUAACUGAAAACUGGUAGAAAAUAAACACACU